CCAGUGCUUCAUGACAUUUUGUGUAUUUUACAUGUGCACUUAAUAGGAAUACGUUAUCUAUAAAACAAGGUCAUGGUCGCUGUCAAAAUCGCUUGUCUUGUUACGAGGAGUUAACAUCGGUUUACUAUUUUAUAUCGAUAUACGUGGUCUAUUGUGCAAUAUAGUUUUUGAUGUAAUAAGUUUUAUACAUGUCAUCAGAAGUCGGUAUAUAAAUAUAUACGGGGUGUUUUAAGUCAGAACAGUGAAUAUUUGGUGUCAGGGAAAUGACUUGUUUUGGGUGUGAAACUCUUCUGUGGAUUGUUGCCAUAGUGAUUUUACUUGCUGCAGCAUUUUAUUUUUAUAUAACAUGGACUCACAGUAUUUUCAAGAAUGCCGGAAUCCCAGGACCAGAACCGGGUUUACUAGGACUGGUUUCAGAGUAUCGUGUCAAAACUAUGGGUGAUAUUGAUAUAGAGCUUCAUAAGAAAUAUGGAAAAAUUUUAGGGUAUUUUAACGCGAGACUACCGGUUUUAUCGGUGGCCGAUCCAGAAACAAUAAAGGAUAUUUGCAUUAAGCAUUUCAGUCAUUUUGUCGACAGACCAAGUGUAUUGCCAAUGAACAAGUAUGAGAAGGGAAUUCUGAGUUUUGCUCGGGGAGCAAAAUGGAAGAGCUCAAGAUCCGUCCUGACACCAACGUUUAGUUCUGGUAAAUUAAGAGAGAUGAUGCCAUUGAUGCACACAUGUACAGAGAAUCUACUUAAGCAUUUAGAACAACAUGCCAAUAGUGGGAAAUCUGUUGACGUGUCAACAUUUAUAAAAGGUUACUCAAUGGAUGUCGUCUGUAGUGUUGCAUUUGGCAUAGAUGUUGACUCUCAGAACGAACCCGAUAAUCCAGUGAUCAAGGCCUGUAUUAAAGCCAUGAAAAUGGAGAUGACCGACCCAUAUAUCAUAUUGUGUGUUACCUUCCCAUUUAUGGUUCGAGUGUUCGAGUCUGUAGGUAUUGGUUUUAUGGCUAGUGAUUGCAAAUCUGUUUUUACAAAACUUAUUGAUGAUGUUGUCAAGGAGAGGAAAGAAAAUCCAAGUAAACGGAAAGAUUUCCUCCAAUUGUUAAUUAAUGCCAACGAAGAAACCAAAAAUAACGAAGAUGGUUCGGCUUUUACGUACUAUGAUAUAUGGAGUGGCGCUGUGGUUUUCUUGCUAGCUGGUUACGACACAUCAUCAAUUGCUUUAACAUUUGCAAUCUACAACCUCGCAACACACCCUGAAAUACAAGAACGUGUGGUGGAAGAAAUAAACACAAAUUUCGCAAAGGAUGAAGUAGCUGACCAUGAUAAUGUUGGUAAAUUAACUUAUCUACAGAUGGUAGUAGAUGAAACUUUAAGGAUGUAUCCACCUUUAGCAAGAACCAGUCGUUCAGUUACUGAAGAAAUGGAACUGAAUGGUUACAAGAUAACGAAGGAAAUGGAAAUCUUUUUGCCAAUUUAUGCCAUCCACAGAGAUCCUGAUUAUUGGGAAAAUCCCGAUAGAUUUGACCCAGAACGGUUUUCACCCGAGCAGAAGUCUUCACGCCAUCCGUAUUGUUAUUUACCAUUUGGAGUUGGUCCACGAAAUUGUAUCGGUAAUCGUUUGGCUCUCAUGGAAGUCAAUACUGUGUUGGCCAGCAUUCUCAGAAAGUAUCGAGUCAUCUGUUCCCCAGAAACAGAGAGACCAACCAUACAACUAACGCCUGGAGAUUUCAUGUGCAGACCUAAAAAUGGUGUCUUCGUAAAACUGGAAAAGCGAGAUGGAUAAAUAUAAAAUGAUCUGAAAGAAAAGAUAUGACUUAAAUAAUUGUCUGGUGUUUCUUUCUGUAAAUAUGUUGAAUUAUGAAAUCCAUUUACUGCUUCUAUUCUGUUCUGUUUUCUGCUCAAUACCCUGUGAGUUAUCUGCACUUCCCAAAUACAGCAGAAGUAUCAUCUGGUGUCCUGGAAUGAGUUAGCAUUCCUAGUUCCAUAUCAUAGAUCCCCAUCCUUUCCUCCCUCUUACACCUUGUUUUGUUCAGUAAGUGAUAUCAGGAAUGAGUAAGCAUUCCUUGCUCCAGUUCAGGGAUUCCAAACCCUUUCCUUCACGACGUCCUGUUUUGUUCAGAAGCCGAGAAAGUUCUUUACCUCAUGACAACCGAGUUCCCAACAUUUUCCGUCCCGUUUACCCUUGGAAACUUUCACCCCAUUGUAUUGUUCAAACUUCUAUCUUAAUAAAGAAGUCUGGGAAUUUUUUAAAAUACCUUUUUUAACAUCAUUGUUUUAAGUUGAAAUAACAGUAACAAUAGCAAGCAUGCAGCGAGGUUAUUUCAUUACAUUCAUCUCAACUUCAGAUUUUUAGGGAAUUAUGAUUAAAAAAUAUGUAUAUUCAUGAGCAGCAAAUCUGGGUGUAAAUCUAUGCUAAGGGUAUUUAUAGUUAAAUGAGGGGAGGUUUGGGUUUAGUUUUUUGUUAUUUGGGUAAUUCGAUGCGCUUGUGAUUCUAUCAUGGGAUUUUUUUUGUUAAUAUUUCCUGCUUUAUUCGAAAUGUAUCUUGAUUUCACCACUAUUGCUUUUUAGUUGUAUUUCUAUAUUUUUUAGUUGUAUUUCUAUACUAUUUAGUUGUAUUUCUAUAAUAGCUUUCAUUUGUACAUGUGUUAUUUUAAAAAUGUAUGAUUUUAGUGCUACUUAUGUAUUGAACAGUUUAUGACGAU